GUGGCUUCCGUGUAUUCUGACUCCUCCUAGUUUUUUAAUUUCUCCCACCCCAAGGAAAAAAAAAAAAACAAACAGCAUUGCCAGAGAGCCUCUGUGGGAGUCAGGGUGUGGAGGGGCAGCAGUCUCUGCUCAGGGCAGUCCCUGCUGCUCCUGGAGCGUCGUCCGGGCGGGGGCAGCGGGAUAACCUUAUCGACCAGGCUGUCGUGUUAUGACGACCCCCAACAAAGGAAACAAAGCCUUGAAGGUGAAGCGGGAGCCGGGCGAGAAUGGGACCAGCCUGACAGAUGAGGAGCUGGUGACCAUGUCUGUAAGGGAGUUGAACCAGCAUCUACGGGGCCUGUCGAAGGAAGAGAUCAUCCAGCUGAAGCAGCGUCGGCGCACGCUGAAGAACCGGGGCUAUGCGGCCAGCUGCAGAGUCAAGCGUGUUACCCAGAAGGAGGAACUGGAGAAGCAGAAGGCAGAGCUGCAGCAAGAAGUGGAGAAGCUGGCCUCCGAGAACGCCAGCAUGAAAAUGGAACUUGAUGCUCUGCGCUCCAAAUACGAGGCUCUCCAGAGCUUCGCCAGAACCGUGGCCCGGAGCCCUGUGACGCCUGUGCGGGGGCCGCUGGCCUCCAGCAUGGGGCCCCUUGUCCCUGGCAAGGUGGCCACCACCAGUGUCAUCACAAUAGUGAAAUCCAAAACGGACGCCCGGUCUUAGUGAAGCGAGUGUUGCCUGAGCUUGUCUGUGCAAGGCAAUUAGGCACAAAACCAGCCUGGAAUCCCCAAAGCACAAACCCUCCCCACAUGGGUCCAGGUUCCUUCUUCUUGGCCCAGGACUGGCCCGCUGAUCACUCCAGUUUUAUUUGUUGUGUCCAGAUUGGUAUGAGCAGUGGUGACGCGUCCGUGUGCUGUGCAGGCAGCGCCUCCCGCCCGUGGCGCCCUGGGACAGGCUGCCAGGCCUUGGUUUUCCAGCCAAGGAGAGUCUGUGCAGCGUGGCCGGCAGCAGGGCAGUGGAGGGGUUUGGGGAAGGGCCGGGGCGAGGCCGGGAGCCCUGAUUCUCAGUCACUUCCAAAGGCUUUAUAUCAUCACUCUCCCAGGCGGUGCAUCUCGGUGCCUGGCUGCCGGGCCUGAACCUGCUGCUUGUGUCUCGUUUGGUACCAUAGUUGCAGUGGGGCUGUUCUGUGUGGUAGGUUUUUAUUCCUUUCUAGGUGUGCCUCUGUGCCCUGACAGUGGGUUUCCUUCAGAUGUCUGUUGCGUUAGCGUGUGAACUAGCCGUGCUGGAAGGGAGGGAGGUGCUGCCCGGUGGGGCGGCAGCCAGGCCGGCCCGGGGGAGGAGGGAGGCACCGCUGACUGCGGCCGGUUUUGUGCCUAAUGUGUUGCACUGAACAAGAUCAAAAUCACUAGUUGUUCCCGUGUUUUGAGGGUAUCAAGUGUCUCUAGUGUGAUGGUUUACACAACCAGUUUAUGUGGUUAAAUAGCCCUUUAUUUAAAGAGAAAAACAUCAUUUUAAGAGUUAUUAAAUUAUCUAAGUUUAAAAUUAAAAUCAGACAGAAGAGAGAGGGUAUUUAUAGUCAGCUUUUUUAUCUGAGAGGGAGAGAAUAUUUGACCAUAUGAAUGGGGAAAUAUUCUCGGAGACUUUGCUAGUUAAAAGUUAAUAAAGAAAUAAUUUUAAAGUUUCUCAUGAACCUCCUGCAAACGGUUUGUGGCUCUGAGGUUAGUUUUUAUAAAGAGUUAUCAGACUUUAUUUAUAAAACUUAGAAAAAGACAAAAAAAGAAGCAAGUCCUGUUUGAUAUCUUUUUGCAA